AUGCUGAGCUUCAGAAGAAAGAUCUCACAAUCCUUUAAAGAGCCUGGGAUCCUCAGAUCCAGCAAACGGUUUGCAACCAAAUGGAUAGAAGGUCGUAUCCAGGCACACAGAGAAAGCAAAAAUCUUUCAGAGGAAAGUGAAACGCUUGAAGAUGAUAAAAAAGAACCACUAUCUGUGAUGGAAAUAAAUACACUUAUUCAGAGAAGGCAAUUGUUGGAGGCCUUCGAAAACAUAAAGGAUUUGGAAAUGGACCUUCUGGUUGAGAGAGAUUCCAAGAAAUAUGAAGAUAACCCCAAGGAAUACACCGUGAAGGCUAAGGACAUUGAGCUGUUGUAUGAUCACAUUUCUAAGGUCAUACGGCAAAUUGUGCAAGAAAUGCUGGAUCUUUCCAGUCUGGAUGAAAAGGCAUUGACUUCUCUGGCGAUUUUAAUUGAAACAGAAGAGGAAAUUCACUCUGAGACCUCAAAGGUCACCUCCUCCGAUGGACCGGCAGCCCUGGGCUCAGCCAGAAACUGGAGAGACCUCUGGAAGGAAGCUGUCAAUCAGAGCGUAAAGGGAAGGGUUUCCAAUGUGCCAGUACCCUCAAAGGAAGAUACUGAGUAUUGGCUCUCUGUGCACUUAGAGUCUCUCAGAACUGCCAUAAGAGACGAUCUGUUAAAAGUCAAGUCUCACAUACAAGAAUACUACCCACAGGAUUACAAUGUAUGUGAUACGUACAUGGAAGCUUUCCACAAAGCCCUCUCUGUGCAUUUGCAAGGCAUCCUGGAAGAUAACACCCUGACGCUGAGUGAAUUCUACGCAUUACUCAAUUGGAUUCAUAACGUGUAUCUCAGUGAAGAGUUCUUAGGACAUCCGGAUCUCAAACCAGACUUAAAAAUUGAAGACCUGCCCAGCUUGUUAACUCCAGAAGCUAUGGCUCAAUUGAAAGAUGAUUAUAUUAAUUCUGUAAAGGAGAAAACAAAGGUAUACUUGGACAAUAUUCUGGUGCUGACUGAGAGAAAGUGGGAUUCGAAAGAACGGCCGGAAGCUCCGCAAAGCCAAUACUGCUCAUCGCUCUCCCUUGAUAUUCAAAUGAUGGUUGGACAACAUGUGAAGACAUCUGGCAACAUCUGUGAAAGCUUGAAAGGGGCAACGCUCGAAAUCAGUGUAAAAGAAGUGUUAGCAUUCGUCCCCCGCUUUGAGAAAGCAUUCCUGGCAUGGGACAGGGAAAACAACCAACCCCAGUUUGUGGAACUUAUGGUGACCAACAUUAAUGACCUCCAUGACUUGAUGACAGGCUUAAGGGAAAAUUUUAGUGACACCCGCCAAGAACUGGAAAAAACCCUGAAUGAUGUGAUGCUGAGUUACCAGAAACACUUUUUACACAAGCUGAGACCGAAGACCCAGCCAAUGUUUAAGAAAAUCCUAAGCAGAGAGUGGAUUUUACAUAGUCGAUCUGAGGACUCGUUCAUCCAAAAAGCCUUGUCAGUCACUGAAGAAUUUUCUAAACCCCUCAUUCAUCUGAAGGAGUCCAGUCACAAGGAGAAUUUUCUCCAGGAAAUUCACAAGGACGUGGUUAAAGAAUAUGUCACACAAACCCUGAAGUCAAAGCGCAAAAUGAAAAGAAGAAAAUGGGAAGAGGUCAGGAAGCUGAUGAAACAAGAUGCCACAACGAUAGACGAUUGCAUGAAACAUCUGGGCUCCACGUCCGAUUGGCUCUCCUCUGCCAUCCCACGCAUCGCAGACAUCAUUGGUGAGAAGAAAAAACCAAAAGUCAAUGAGCACCUUAAGAAUUUGUCUCAGGACUAUCCAGAUAUUAGAAGGGAGCACGUUCUGGCUCUUCUUGCCCUUCGAGGGUGGUGGCGAAACACGAGACGAUCGAUGGCCGACCAGAUCGAUGGGCUAUCAGAAGGGUUGGAAACUGCACCCAACAAGACGCUCUUUGCUGAAAUUGAACUUCCCAACACCAUCCGAUGCUUCUGGAGAUCCUAAAAAAAGGAAAUGUAGUGCUUGAUGUUUGAUGUUUUCAUGGAUUCUUGAAUAUUAGAAGAAGCUUCCUUUUUCAGCCCGUUUAUCACCUAGCCAAGUUCUACCUUUUUCUAAUAAUUUAUAACCCCUUAACCUUUAACCAUUGCCUGGGGGCCAAGCUGGACUAUAUGGGGGUAUCCUCCUAUACUCACCCAUUCACAAGCUUAAGUGGGCGGGUCUAUUUCUAACAGCGUUCAAACAGACCAGUAUAGAGAGCUAAAGUUUGUUCUCUCCAACCAAAAUUGCCUUUUGAACUGUGUUGCUUUCAUCAUUUCUCUCCCAGUCUGAUAGGAAAACACAGAAGGCAUUGGAGGACAGUGAGAUAAAGUAAAAAAUCCUUUAAAAGCUUUUUCUAUUUAUUGCAAUGCUAAUUGGCUUGCUUGUCCUAAGUGAUAAUUGUGAGAAAUAUGUUUAUAUGCCUGGCUGUGAUUAUAAGUGUAUUUUUAUUGCGUCUGGUUUAGCCCUCUGAUCUUUUUAGCAGGAGAUAUCUGGGAUACCUCUGAGUUAUUGUGUGUCUAAUCAUUAAGAAAGCUUUCUUAGUUCGUCACAUGAUAUGUGUGUGUGUCCUGUAUCUAAGAACAAGUUAUGAUACAUAUGAACAUAUUAAGGGCUGCUAGGCGAAGGGACCUGAGGGCAUAAAGUUCCCCAGGCCUUGGUUGCUUUGUAGGGUCACAAGGAUUCCACCGGCCUCAGUCUGCUAUCCAACAUAAUGCCUAUAAUAUCAGGGCUUUGGAAAAAGCAAGAAAGUUCUCUAGAAAUCUACAGUUACACAUUUUAAACCUUUGCAGAAACCAAACACUCAGGUUUUUCAGUUGAGCAAACAGCUGAAGUGAGUUAUCCCAUUAUACAUAGAGCAUUUCCCGUGAUGCUCCUCGCCCUGCACUGCCUUUGAGUGGGGUCUCCUCCUGUUUCCUUGUUUACACACGAGGAAGUCCCCACUGCCUGCUGUGUGACUUGAAUGGCUUGCCUGCCUCCUGGGUUGCUCCCCCUUCCAAUGCAAGACAGAAGAUUGCUGGCUUUUUUUUAACCCUUAUUCCUUAUGUCAAUAUUGUGAGGACCGCUAUAAUAGUUUUUUUUUGUUUUUUUAGGGAAAUACCGGCCAUUGAUUGCUGUGAUAAUUUGGGAGGGGGGGGGGCACUACUUGCAAGGAUUGAUGGGUGUCUUUUCCAUAAAAAAAUAAAAACAAUAUCAAUAUAAGAAAUAUGGAUAUUACAUUUAAAGGUCUAAAAGCCGGCCAUCUUCAAUCUUGUUUUGGAUGGGGGAGUGACCUGGAAGGAGUGUAAACCCUAAGCAAGGGGAAAUCAUCAGGGUUUCCCCACUCUCACUAACCAUGGGGCUUUCAGGACCUUCAGCACCACAAGUAGGUUCGAGUUAGUACAGAAAUUUCUGCCUCGGAGGAAAUUUACCCUCGCUGUGGGGCAGAACACUAGUGAAUAAUCAGUCAUGGAUUCUUUUUGUUCCAUUGUUUUCUUCCCCUCAGAAAGGGUGCAUUCCUUUCUGCUGUAAUCCUCUCUCUCUCUUUUUUUUAAUUUUAAAAGAAGUUUAUUUCAAAAAAGUAUUUAAAAAGAAUACAGAUACGUAGCAAAAUAACGUAGCUUUAGUAUAUUGACAUUUGUCAAUAUACUCCCUUGAUGGGACUAUCCAAAACAUAUGUUAAGUUAUUUCAAUGGUUGACUACACCAUCCAUUCAGCAUAACAUCACAUUACGUUAAUUAACAGAGAAAGAGAAAAAAAUAACAAAUAAUAUGCUUAGUCUUAAAAGUGAGUUAUCUUGAAUUAUCAUUAAUUGUACUAAUAUUAACUAUUAUAAGAGUAACUAAAUAUUAUAUAUAUUACAAAUUACAUUCCAACAUUGCAGUUAAUGCAGUUAAUGGUAUAUUAUCUUUGUACAAUUUAAUUCUAGA